AUGUGUGUGUGUCUCUGUGUGUCUGUAUGUGUCUGUCUGUGUGUGUGUGUUAAGGUUGCACCAUGUCGAGCCCAUUGAAGCUGAUCGUGAGCGCCGAUUCCAACCGUGGGGGGCGGCGCUACAUGGAGGACAUCACAGAGGUCUCCACCGAGGGCGACGGGGACGCCAUCUUCCUGGCCGUGUUCGACGGCCACGGCGGCCCCCAGGCCGCUCGAUUCGCCCGCCGCUGCCUCUGGCCCUCGAUCCGCGCCCAGCCCGGGCUGUGGGGCGCCGCCGACCCCGUGGGAGUUUGCCACGCCAUCCGUGACGGCUUUCUAGCGUGCCAGCGCGCCAUGGGGGAGGAGCUGGUUAACUGGCCGCGCACACCGCAGGGCCAUCCCAGCACCGCAGGCACCACGGCUUGCUGCUGCCUCAUCAGGGGCGGUGACGAGCUCUACGUCGCCCACGUGGGAGACUCGCGAGCCGUCAUCGCCCAGCGGCACCCCCGGGGGGGGGGCACCCCCCGGACCCCCCUUCGGACAUGGGCCCCCCUUCUGUGA